UUUUCUGACUCCCCCACACUGCAGUGGAGAGUCGCUUUCUUGACGUAAGUACAAGUCACAGUAGAUACGUGCUUACGUACAUGAUCUCACGGUGUGAACUGCUAUUUCAAUUAUUCUCUCGAGAUCUAGGACGAAUAAGUGUUGAGUCAAAAAUGACAAGAAAUGUAUUAUAAUUUUAAAAGAUAUGGCGUAGGCCGCAUAAAAUUGCAUAAACUCCUGCGAAGAAGCAUUCCUGACAUUUGAUAAAUAAUAGUGAGAUAUUUGAUGAAUAUCUUAACGGACGGACGAAACUUCUUACUGGCAGGCAAAAUUUUACAAUAAAGAAAUCAUUUUUUAUCCAAAUUUUAAUUCGAAUAAAAUUUUGGAAUUAGUACGUAUGGAACUGUAUAAAAAAUGAUUCAUCCCUAAGAGUGGUAUAGAAUGUUAUGAAAUUCCUAAUGAACCUUCUAACGUUGAACAUUGAACGAUAAUGUAAGACAAGUGAUAACAAUAAUUACGGAAAAAUUUAAAAAUUAGUAGGAUCGCGACUACUUCAGGGAUGACCUUAAUGUCAAUGACUGGAACGUCGUGACUCGGAUGUGUUGUAUUAGGUGAGUAGCAUAUGAAAAAAAUAAAGUCAAUCGCCUUUGGGCUGUACUUCGCAUGUCUUAAAAACAACUGUCAUGAAAUGAGUACGUACGUUUAUGAGGAAGAACGUUUGUCGCAAAAGUCGAUCUUGGAUAAUAACAAGAGUUUGAGUAAUGUAAUUAAAAAAAAAAAGUAUUUGUGGCAGUUUUUUCUUCGAUGCAGCGUUGACGAGAUAUCAAUGGAUUGCAAUGACAUCCAAUCCAAGCCGCUGGUGAACAGCGAAGGGCGUUACGAGAAUUUUCUUGCUCCAUACUUCUUCAUUUUGUCAUUUCGUAAUUUCGUAAUUCUGGUAACUAUGAUGCGAAAAGAAAAGUGCCUCGGAAAAGUUAAAUUCCUAAUUUCAUCAAAUCCUUGCUGUGGCAAUUCUAGGCACGAUUUUAAGGACCCCCCGUGUAUAUGUUGCUAUAUUUGAGCCACGAGUGUAUAGCUCACAAGGCCUCAGACUCAGGCAGCGGGUUUGCCCGCUUCCGAGACAGUUACGAUCAUCAGUGUGCUCGCCGCUUUUUGUGCAAUAAGGUGUGUAUACGAUACGGAUACGUGACUUUACGAACAAGAGCAAGUUUUUUUUUCAUACUGUCGCGAAUCAUUAAUUUUUCUGACGCUUUUCCUUUCGCAAUUUACGUCGAUUUAAAAAAUACGAAAAAUUAUCGGGAAAGAUAUAAUGUAAAUUCCAUUCAUCAUUCCUUUCAUCAUUAAUUUUUCUUCGUUUUAUCCUUAUAUUCAUGACAAUUAUGUUACAGUUCACCUCUAAUUGCGCGUCAGUUUACAUAAUACAAAUGGUGUAUCGAUUGAAAAUUCAACUCGUAUGUAACUGAAUCAAAAACCUCUGCAUCGAAUUUUAUCGCUCGUCGGUUUUUAAUCAUCGAGCUCUGAAUACGCGGGUGUUAUAAUCUACAGCAUAUAGAUACGAAAAGUGAAUAACAAAUGCACAUUGUGGAUACUACGCUACAAUUAUUCCUAUAUCUCUGCCAUGUCUCAGGAUUUCCACGUAAUUUUUGGAAAUACUGUAUAUAUUUGGAAAAGAAAAAUUUAUUCAGAUGAGAUAUUUUACUCCGGUGUAACAAAGUUUUCGUCCCAUAUAAUUGAUUUUGACGUUUCGUUACAAAGUAAUGGGAGAUUGGACCGAAGCACUUUUUAUUACCAUUAUUUUGAUUUUCAUUAUUCCUUCUUAUUUUUGAUUCAAAUAUCCCUUUUUACCGUUACAUAAUUUAAAUAAUUUUUCGGUUCAACGAAAUUUUUUGUCUAAGCACAAAAUAAAAUUUACUUCAGUUUCGAGUUAUAAUUUGGACCAUAAUUUGAGAUAAAGAUAGGAAUACCCUGAUCGCGACACAUUGAUUUACUUUGCACAGGAUUUCGUUAUGUGUACGUUAGGUCACUUUUGUCUGGUCACUGAAGGUUUGUACACAAGUAUCGUUAUCAAUUUGACUCACUCAUAUUGCGGUGAUUUUCUCCAAAUCUCCUAUUACAUUACAAAUAAGCGUAAUACGUUUAAUCUCAUAGCAUGAAAACAUCUAGAUUUUCCGUAUUUUUCAAUGUAGACUCAAUAUUAAGAUAAUUGAUCAAAUAUUCUCAUUGAUAUUAUUAGAGAACGGAAAUAAAAAAAAUAGUAUAGGUUACCUACUCGUCUUUAAAUAUAUGAAAAUGAUAUCGAAGCAAAGCCAAAUUGAACUAAACAAAGUAAUUCCACAUAUAUAAAUAUAAUGAUAUCUUACGAAUUCUGCCAAAAAUGGUUUACCAUAUUUGAACCGUUGAGCAUGAUAUAAAUUACAGAAUAAAGAAUCAGCUGUGUCAAUAUUCAAAAAAAUUAAUAUAGUUCAAUCAAAAACUCACAAUUGGUCAAACAAACAUAAAUUCACCGGGUUAAUCUCACAGCCCAUUGUAGUAAACGUCAAAACUGAUUAUUCAAACUGAACUUCACAAAAUUAAAUGAGUCAUAGUCCGAAAUGCCAUGGGAUUUGAAAAAAUUGUACGCAAAAAAGUGAAAUUAAAGCGAUGUUUAACAUGAGAAUUUAUGUGACAAGAACACAAAAUUGAAGUAAAAAGAAGGUAAGGUGUGGAUCGAUCCGGUAGAGCUCGCGGACGAACGCUGUGCGCGCCACAGUAUUCCUCAUCUCUUUCAGCUGGGUCCGCACGCGCGUACCUUCGAUGCGCCCUCGCGUCUCCUCUCGUCUCUGCCCAUAAUACCUAACGCCCGUUUUUCCCCGACGAGAAUUUCGAGACACUAUUACGCCUCGCGUUCGAAUACACACGUCUUUCUCACUAUCGUUCCACUCUAUUUUCGCGUCCGGUCUAACCAAAAUCCUCCACUCAAACUUUAUCAACUGAAUAUCCACUUAUUAACAUCGCGAAUCUUCUUUUCAUGGAAGAGCGUCGUAACGUUUGGACCGAAACAACGAUAUUCCGUUAAUGUUCUCAUUAGAAUCGACCGUUAUUUAAAAAUUAAUCGAAAUCAAUAUGUUUGAACGAAGAAACAAGUGCGCGUGACAUUUUCAAACGUUCUGAAAUUCAAAUGCAUUUAUUAAUUACUGUGAAUGAUCGAAAAUCUGUGAAUAAUUUAUCUAUAUGAUUCUCUAAUGUUUAAUCGGAAGGGAGAAUCACAUUUAAGGGUGACAAAACUCAAUCAAGUUCUUAAGUGUCUUCUAUUGGUCUACAUGAUCGACUGAAAAGUUGCUUGCUUCAAAUUUUCUUUCACUUCUCAAGGUGGUUUAUACCGACUCUAAAACAUUGAUUAAUCAACGAAGAGUGCGUGGUUAUUCAGGGUGUGACGUUAUUUCGAGGGUGGUCAAGUCCACAAUUGUUUCUUUCGAGUGCAUCAGUUGCUGACGAAGAACGCCUGCCGGAGUUUUGUGACCGUACGAAAAUAAUAGUAACUGUAAUCGAAACUCAACUGGAAUACCAGCAUCCAUGAACGAUUGUUAAUAUUCGUUUUGGUGCGGUGAUGUUAUAAAGAUGAAUCAGCAAUGAUGUUCCCGGAUAAGAAGAAAAAGUUUUGAAAAUCAAAUGGUAGGAAACAACGGAGAAAGAACAAAAUGUUUCGAGACUCAUUCCGAAGGGCACGAAAAAAAAUGAGGGAAGGUGAAGAAUAAAUUGAUAAGAAAAAAAAAUAAAUACAAUAAAAACGGUGGUGUAAUUGACGAGGAUAGCAAGGAUAGUUCUCGAUGAGAUAAUCGCUUCCCGGGCUAGACGCGAAUAAUAGACGUGAAUAAGUUCCUGAGAGACUUGAUCUAUCAACUACAGAUAAAGCGGAAACGAAGUUUAAAAGAGAGACGAUAGUACCCUUGAAAAAAGACUGUACAAGUUUAAUUUGAGAGUACACUGAAACAGACAAAUAGAUUAGGAUGAAAAUUUGUUCUCAGCAAAAUAUUCAACAGAAUCAUCGAAAGGAAGUUUGAAAGAGGGAGAAAGAGCAAAAAGUUGACGUCCUCGGCGACGCGUUUCGAUACCGUUCAAUCGGGCCAACACCUGUCUUACUUUUCCCCCGCUCCUUCCUACUUCCAAUCUCUGUACCGCACAUACCACGUCACAUACGGCUCGGUAUUUGUUAUCUCUCGACGCAUCGACGUAAACCGAGGCAAGCUGCGAGCUUCGAUGUUAAAGACUGUUCGCUCAGUACUGACAAACAAGACAAAAAAACUAAAAGAAUAAAUUUCAACAUAAAUCUCGUUUAAACAAUUUCGAAAGAGAGGCAAAGAAAGAAGAAGAGACGCGUGUCGACGACAUUCGCAGUGACAUAAAGCCGGAUAAAUCAUUCGCUAUCGUCAUGUUUUGCUUCCAAAGUCCGUUUACGCGAACAUCGAGAAUUACGGCAGAAACAACCACGUCCGCCAGUUCAUCGCCGUCGUCUUCUGCCGUCUUAAUUGCUACCAGCCAGCAGGGUAGUAUUCCGUCUACAAUAGCGACCCCACCGAAUAAUGUUGCAUCGUCGUCGACAACGAACUUGACUGCAUUGGAGCUCAAGAGACGUGGUUCCGAAGCGACAAGCGAAGGUUCCGGAUCCUCAUCAAUAAGGUUCAUUGAUCAGGUGUCAAUAUCCGGUGGCAGUAGCACGGAUACCUUACCAGGCAUCAGGGCGGAUUACUUGGAUGCGGAUCCGUUGUCGCCUGAACCAGGCACCAAAUCACCGGAUGCCGACACUAAAACGAUCGGUGGAAAAACCACCUUAGUACCUAAUAAUUCAAUUCUGAUAAAAAAUCUAGAUCGUCCUUUCCAAAAACGAGGCUAUGACUCGCCAACAAGACUCCCAUCGAUGGCAAACAUUCGCCUGGUGGACAAUGAUAUCCGCUCUAGAAGUCCUACGAUUGAACGGUCUACAGGUUUCAUGACAAAGUGUAUGAGCAACAGUGCUACUGGCAGCGGUGUUGGUGUUGCUAGUGGUGCUGGUGGUGGUGGUAGUGGUGGUGGUGGUAUCGGUGGUAAUGGUAGCAGCGGUGUUAGUGCAGGCGGGGUGGUAAGCAGCGGAAGCAACGAUGGCGGUGGAAGAUGGCGCAGAAAGCUGCUGCUGCGUCUCCGCUCUUCGGAUUCAUCGAACUCGAGCAACGACGAGCCAUGCUCGACCUCGCCCUCACCCUCACCUGUCAGCAUAACCGACACCUCAAUUAGCACGAGAUCAUCGUCCUCUUCGAGGCAUUCCAAUUUUACUCACCACAACAACGUAUACAACAAUCAUCAAAAUCAUUACCGGCAAGUGCUGGACAAUCAGGAUAAAUCGAUUAACGUUGUAACCGACGACGGAAUCACUACGAUCUUAGGCUCCGGAACAUCUUCCUCAUUAUCUUCUCGUCAACAAGAAUUCCCACCAACUCUGAUUGCCCAGCCAGAAGCCGACGAGAACGGGGAUCAAAUAGCGUCCAAUCCCACCAAACCCGUCAACAAAUCACCGAGCAUAUUCACGUGUUCAAUAAAUGAUAUACCAUCAUUGGAAAACGGUUUCAGUGAUCCUGAAUACGAGGAGGAGGAGGAAGAGGAAGAAGAAGAAUUGAAUCGCUGCAAUUACCCCGAAACAGAAACCGAGGAAGGCUCUUCGUUACCCUCCAGCCCGGCCGCACUGACUUCUGUCAAACUUACUGGUGGAACUCAACUGCAACCAGGAACGACUUAUUACGGAUUUCUGUCGGUUAAUGGUAGAGCUAUAAGACAAGAAACAACCAGCACAAGUUCUCCACAAUUGUCGACCGGAACCGUUGUCGAUUCCACCGAAGCUUUGCCCCGCGAUAAUGACAUUGGAGGUUCACUCAUCGGUGAAUGUCCUGCUAAUGUUGGCAUUAACCUCAAACCUGAUAACCUCGAUGCCUCGAGCUGCCUACCAGCCGCACGCUCAUGCCCCAACCUCGAACAACAAAGCACUGGAUGCUCGUCCACCAGCGGCUCCUCAAGCCCAAGCCCUAGUCCCGGACCUGCCGGACCUCGUUUUAAACCUCUCGAGGAAGGCGACAUACAAGUGUGCUAUCUUAACCACACCAGGACCCUUGUAAGCAAAAUUCUCUCGAGCAAAUUUCUACGGCGGUGGGAGACUCAUCAUCUCUAUCUCAAUGAUGCCUGCCUCUCAUCAAAAACGCUUACAGGUUUUCUUCAACAACCCGUCCCCUACAGUAGCAUGUCUGAAGUCUAUGCUGUCGCUAGAUGGGAUCCAACUUAUAAAUACUGCUUGAGAAUCGUGUUACCAGAUGGAUCCCUUCUCCUCCAAGCUAGUAACGCUUAUACACGUGACCAGUGGUACCAUUCCAUACUUUGGAAGAAGAGCAUUUUCAAAUAUCAGCAUCUCGUCUCGGUGCACACGAGGGAAGAAAUAAUAUUGCGGGAGUUAAAAACGAUGGUGGAUUUUGCGUUGUGGACGCCACUACAGGACGAGAGAGUGAUCGGUGCACCGUUGGAGGCGAUUGCGAAGCUUCUGGAAGAUCCAAUCGUGUCCGAAUCUAAUGGCAAAGUUGAUAAAAAAUUGUUCGAACAGGAGGAAUCCCGUGUACGUAACGAUCAAAAAAGUUGGGCAGAAGCUGUGUUGUCAGUGGCUGCACCUCUACUCGAAAAAGUGGCGCCACCGUCAACGUUGGCUCGUGCGCUUGCCAGGUUGGCAGAAAGACAUCCUCGUUCUCCACUGGUCAUUGGUCUAAGUCCAGCAAUCACGAGAUGCCUCAAGCACACCGUAGACUUCGGUAAAUCACCGGAGAUGAGAAAGCUCAUUCAGGUCUUCGUUGCGGCCCUUUAUGAAAACAAUGACGGUGAACAAGCGAUUAGAGACUACAUUGCGUCGGUUCAUGGCCCCGGAAGCGAUUGCCCUCAUCCCCGAAUCUUGCCGAAUUUGGUAUCAAUCUGCGUAGCAGCAAUAUUUCACAGAUUCGAAGUGGUGAGUUGCAAAUCAUCUAACUCGUAUGAUGCUGAGUAUCCUCCUCCAUUACGUUGUUAUCUUCUCGUUUUAAAAGUCGCAUCUGAAUAUGCAGAUUGGAGGCCAGGUCUUGGUUCUCUUUUACAACCAGUACCAUUCCCGGAUCGUGCACUCAUCGACCGAGAGGUGCAAGAAUAUGUAAUGCUUUCGGUGAUGCGUCGACUGGCUAGUGACUCCAGAUGUUCCGUACAUCUGUUUCUGUUGCCGGUACGUGAGCAAAGACCCGGAUGGAUUCACAUUGCUGCACCUUCGACGAAAAAAGUGCAGCAAUGCACCCUUCUGGUGGAUGGUGCUUGCCCCGACGAGGGUGCACUUUUUGGUGAAAUGUUGACAACGCUGCUCGGUUGUUGUUGUCGUCGAAAAAGAUUCAUCGCCUCUCUUGUAAAGCAGACAUGGCGAGCUUGUAUGCUGCUGGGUGUUCGAGAUUGUGAAGCAGCCCAGGAGGCUUUGUGUCUCAUGCUCGAGUGGCGUUUAUUGCCAAACGAGGAACACCGUCUUCAAGUUGUUUCUGCGCUUCAAUCGACGCAAACUGGCAAAAAUCGUUACAUCACUCUUUGUCAGCGGCAAAAAAAUUUGCAGGAAUUGCAACAAAAAGGUGGACCGAAAAAAUUGACGCUACCAGCACGUGCGACCGACGCUGACGUUGCUGUGAUAUUGGGUGGAGGUGCGCUAGGUAACCUGGAGUGUCUGACCCUCGCAUUUACCUCGGUUACGUCCGCAUGUGCCGAACAACUGAUUAAACUGCCGGCCCUCCGAUACCUUAAUCUUUGGGCAACACAAUUCGGUGAUGCAGGACUACAAAUGAUAAGCGAACAUCUUCAGAAACUACAAGUCCUUAAUUUGUGCGAGACUCCCGUCUCCGAUAAGGGCAUUUCGACCCUGGCCUCACUCACGAGUCUAAGAAAGUUGAACCUCAACAGUACGAAGCUUUCGGCGCAAACGUUCGAGUCAUUAAAGAAACGUUUGCCAGCGUUGCAGGAGUUCGACGUUCGUUACACGGAGGCAUGGUGACCCGAGCCAAUACUUAGAUCCUCGAUGACCAAUAAUCACGAGCAGAGCAGCAUAGCGAACCUUUGAAUACAAGGGUGAGAGUUGAGAAUGGAAAGGCAACGUUAAAGCAGUUGGAUAUUCAGUAUGUGGCGUGGACUACAAAAUAGAGGAAAAGCUUCAGGAACGCCCUUUUUUUCCAUGCUAUAAAAUAUUAAGUAGACACUGCAAACAAGCGGAAUAGAGUUCGUUAAAAGGAUUUGCGUCUUCAUGAACUUGGAAGAAACAGAAAGACGCUGUUGACCGAUCAAAUUCUUGUGAAACAUAUUUUACUUGAACGAAAAUAUCGUUAAUUUUUUUCUAUUUACGUUGAAUCCUAGAAGAGACUCACGGGGCAAGGGAGGGAGGAGGAGGGUACUCGCGAAAGUAACUCUUGCGGAGGACUGUUUACGGAAUCGGGAACAAUGCGGAUUAAAGAAUUUUUGAACGGAAACUAAAAGUCUGUCCGUAAAAAAAAAAUAUAUAUAUGAAGAGAAAACUCAAAAUCCCUCGUAUAGGGUGCCUAACUGCCUGAACACGGGAUAGAACGAUGAAAACAAAUAUUAGGGAAAGGAAAACACUCACAUAAAUACACGUAAACACUCAGACGCACGUGAAGACAAAAAGAGAAACAAAAAUUCUGAGCAACCACUGCCACAAACGCGCGAAUUUCGGUUAUACUUGAUUAUACAUCAGGGUGCUUUAAAAAAAGCGCAAUUUUUUCGUGGGCCAAAGUGUGAUGCGGGUAUGUAUAAAAAAAAGUUACUCAACCAAAAUUUAAAACUUUUACAGUUCGCGCAAACAUCUUUGGAAUAUCUUUAUUUCUUUUUUGAGAAACAAUAUAUGAAAUGAUUUUUCUUUGUGGGUCAAGAGAGGUAUCGAUAGAUGCAAGAAAAAAAAAACUUACUCGAAAUUUGGGAUCCCCCAAAGGAAUAUAUUAAUGCGUCGCUCAAACGAUCAAGAGACGCGGUAGCGGCUCGACGCCAAGUAUUAAAAGGAAAAACUGCAGCGCAAAGGAAAAGCCAGCGCGAGCCCUGCCGCUACUCUUAUAUA